AUGAGCGACUUAGCACUUUACGCCGGACUGCAGUCGGUGCAAAUGCAGCCGCAGCUGCCGAUCGCAAUAGCUCCGCCGCUGCCGUUCGCACCAAUUCCGCCGCAGCCGUUCGCAGCAAUUCCGCCGCAGCCAUUCCCAAUAAUUCCGCCGCAAGCACUGAUCGCAAGAAUUGCAAGAGCUCAGACACAGUCAAUCGCAAGAGUUCCGCUGCAAGCAGCUACGCUGUCAGCUUUUCCCGGAUGGGAAACUCAGAACAGAUAUAUUAUUACGGAUAACAAGGGCGAGCCGGUGUUUUAUGUAACCAAAGAAGAGGUUGGAGCUUGUUGCUGCUGUGAGCGAACUUGUUUGGUGGGUUUCAACAUCUACGACAAAAAUCAGCAUGAGGUUCUUCGUAUGAUUCAAAGAACCGAUGAUUGGAAUCAGGUUUUAGAAGUAUAUUCCGGAAAUACUUUAUUAGGCAGCUUGGUUCAAAAUUCGCGGUUUUGGCAACUGAGGCUUUACAUUUGCGACGCUUCCGGUCGGUCAGUGUUAAUGAUAAAAAAACGUAAAUUCUGUACUGACAACAUUUUUAAGGUCAAAUCCGUGAAUGACAAGCAUCAUGUCGUCAUGAUUGAAAAGCGUUUGUGUGCAGUCACUUUUCAAGGGACUUUCAGCGCAAGUUAUACGUACGAUAUGUACUUUUCACCCGAUCUGGACGUAAAAAUAAAAGCCAUGCUAUUGGGAGCGUGUCUUCUGAUAGAUUCCGAGUAUUAAAAAUUCCCUGAGUCUGUAUCGAUUUUUUUUUUAAAGAAGACCAAAGCAACUUGUUGAUAUCGUUAACAAAGAUUUUUUGUAACAUAUCAAAUACCUCAAAAGACUUUUAACUACGGAAUAUUUCUGCAAAUGAAGGCGAGCACCAUAUGCACAUACAUAAGAAUGGAAUCUCAAUCGUGAACUAACAAUAAGAUAUAAUUGCAACUGCAAUAGACAUGAUUAUCCCAUAUUUUAUAUAGUUUUAUAAAUAAUUUUUAUUCCCCGUAUAACACAGAUCAUUGUAGCUUAUAUUGCAAUACAGCUCAAUGAUCUGUGCUGUAUGAGUUUUAUACAUACAUAUAUAACCAAAUGUAUGCAAUGUAUUUAAAUAUACUAAUUAGUAAUUACAAUUGAGCUUACAUUCACGGAAAUAUAACUUACAAUAGAAAUCGAACUUGUGUUCACUACAGAGUUCGAUCUCGAAAUGCUCUCUAUUUUAUUAUUAUAAUAUUGCAAUUGGCUAUCCAUUUUAAUCAUUACUUAUUAAUUCGCGAUGCGUCUAUUUUCUUCUUUCUGAGUUGUCUUCCGCGAAAAUCGUACGACAAACGUAAAUAUAAAUGAUUCCUUUUAUAUAUGCACAUACAUAUAUGUAUAUUGUACAUACACGAAUGAAAGUUAUUACUUGAUCAGCAUCAAAACUGCCUUCUAUUUUGCUGAAUAUAAAUUGUAUGUAAAUGUGCAUUGUGCAAAUAAUAUCAAAAUUUGUGAAUUACAAAAGUAUAUAUUAUCUUUGUAUGAAUAUUUAACACUCAACUGAAGCUCUGGGUGUAGUACACCCAGGCUUUAUAUAAUAGCGCAAUAUAAGCAUUCACAAGUCGUAAGGAUAGGGAGUAAUCGAGUAGGGGCUAAAGAAAGUUUCAUCCCCAUUACUAAUUCCCCACUACAGCAGUCUCCAAAAGUUAACGGGAAAUCAAAAGCCGCAAUUUGUCAGCCUA